AUGUCGAAGCGGCCCGGCGGGACGAAGAAGAGGCUCAAGCGCGGCCUCUGGUCGCCGGAGGAGGACGAGAAGCUCAUGAACCACAUUGCCAAGUACGGCAACGGCUGCUGGAGCUCCGUCCCCAAGAUUGCAGGCCUUGAGAGGUGCGGGAAGAGCUGCAGGCUGAGGUGGAUAAACUACCUGAGGCCGGACCUCAAGAGGGGCGCCUUCUCGCAGGAGGAGGAGGACCUCAUCAUCCACCUCCACUCCAUCCUCGGCAACAAGUGGUCUCAGAUCGCCGCGCAGCUGCCCGGUCGCACCGACAACGAGGUCAAGAACUUCUGGAACUCCUUCAUCAAGAAAAAGCUCCGCCAGCGCGGCAUCGACCCGGCCACCCACAAGCCGCUCGCCCCAGCCGGCGCUGCCGCUGCCGCCACGCCUGUCAGCCGCUCCGCCGUGUUCAGCGAGGCCGAGCUGAUACUGUCGUCCCCCGUGGGAGGACCGCACAUGCCGCCGCUGGUGUCGGCGGAGAGCUACGUGUACAGCCGGGGCAGCAUGGACGGCGCCGGCGGCGUGGUGGGCGGGUGCAGCGACGAUGGGUCACUGUCCUCGCUGUCGGGGUACAACAACAACAACCAGACGGCGGACUUCGCCGGGUACCUGGAUGCGGACGCCCUGCACGGCGCAGUCAUCCCGUCGGUGUCGAGCUCCAGCACGCUUAACUCCAUGGCCGGCGUGAGCCCCGGCGGCGUGGCCAACGGCAACGCUACGGACGAGCUGUGCUGCAACAACAACAACAAAAACAACCCGAGCAACAGCGGCAGCGGGUUCGAGUCGUCGACCACGCAGAGCAGCAGCAACCACCAUCUGCCGUGGCUGGAGCUGGGGUCGAUCAGCAGCUGCACCGAGGACGGCGCCGGCGCCGGCGCCGCCGCCGACCACUACGGCGCGGCGCUGGACGAGCUCAAGUGGUCCGACUACGUGUUCGACGGCGGCUACCCGCAGUACCACCAGCAGGGCCAGUGCAUCUACGGCGACAGCAAGGCCGCCGCCGACGCCGCCACGGCGCAGUUCGACGCGCACGGGCUCGGCAUCAACUGGUGCUUGAAUUGA